GUUGGUUCGAGUGCGGCUGAGAAAGUCGAAGCCUGAAGCCAUAGAGGGUGACGUAACCUCAAAGUACAAGAGAUUGGAAGGAGUAAAUAGUUGCGUUUUAUUUUUAAUAAGUAGUGUUCUUUGGGAGAAAGUCAGACUUUUCGGACGAUGGUUGACGUUAAAUUGAAGAGAGAGACAGGAAGAUUUUGGCGUGGAAGCAAGAACACCGCUGACUGAAGAGGUUACAGGAUGUAGACGUCGAGCGCGUUUCGCGAUCGAAUAAGAUUGAUUUGUCAAUUUAGAAUUUAAUUUUAAAUAGUUGAAACGAACGAACGCAAUGAAUACAUUCCCGAUGGUUUUCCUGUUUCACUUUAUUCUCGGUGACUGCUCGCGCACGCGUUUCUUAGCGAAGAUAAUUACCGUAAAGCUUUGCGCUACGCGUAUAAAUUGCGUCGUGUAGUUGACAGAAGAUGAUUCGUGUUUCUUGAAAUGACGUCUCUAUAGAUGCAGAGAUACACAAAGAAAUAAAUUUGCGCAAAACUCUACGUACACGUCAAUGACGGAAAUACAAAUCGCCAACGUCGAGGUCGGCAAAUCGCAGAAGAUGGCCAGUACGUGGCAUCAACAGGUGUUCGCGCUCGACGCAAAGUACAAUACGCUACGGGCUAACAAGCUCCCGAGUCUGGGUAUGUUAUACAUUCGCCGAAGGAAUCAACUGCUUCGGGAGAAGUUUUCUACGGAUCCAGAGAUUGGCGCACGAUACUUGAAACUGCGAUCGGAGCUGCUACGGCGGCGUUACGGUGAGAGGCUGGAGCAAAACAGCGUGGGAAGUCACACGAUAAGCGAGGAAUCGUCGGAGAGCAGAGCGAGGCAUCAGCGCGCACAACGAAAAUCGACAGCGGAGAGCUUUGCAUUCGCCGGGGUCCAUCAUGUUUUCGAUCAGCACAAGGCGGCCGUGACGAUGCUCAAGUUCGCCAAUAACGAUAGGUCGAAAUUGUGUUGCGCGUCGCUGGACGGUACGUUGUCCAUAUGCGAAGUCGUCGGCACGCCUCCGAAGGUGAUCGCCCUUCUGGAGGGCCAUCGUAACGGUGUGACCGCCCUCGAUUGGAGUAUCAGCAACGAUCUGAUUGUCUCCUCCUCCUUGGACGCGACGAUAAGGCUGUGGAGAGUGUGCGCGGAUGUGGAACCGGCUUGUCUGCGAGUAGUGAACGACCAACAGCGAGCGGAGGUGCUGUGCUGCAAUUUCAUACCCGCCAAUAACAAUUUGAUAGUGGCUGGCAAUUCUCAGGGAUUGAUCCAGAUUUUGAAUGUAUCCACCGGCAUAUACAUGCGCGGUGGAUCCUGCAAGAUUGGUGGAAAGAUUCUUUCCCUGGCAUGCGAGGGCAGCGGUGGUUCGGUGAUCUGGGCGGGCAACAACAGAGGCGUUAUAGUUGCCUUUCGAUUAGAACCCGGCAUAGGACGGUUGACAAAACUGCAGAGAGUACAGGAGACUGGCGGAAUGAUAACUAGUCUUUCCUGGCGUUCUUGGCUGUCGAAGGAUGCUCCUUGGGCUGCGCUGUUGGUGAGCAGCGCGUGCAACGCCGUGCUGUUAUACCGUGUCGCGGACAAUCACGGUUCUUUGUACUUCUGGAGAAAGUAUCCUGUCAAGCAUAGACUUUAUCCCUUGAGGUCUACUUUCUGUCCACAAAUGGGUGCGUGCUUAAUAGCCACGGGAUCGGAAGAUGGUGCCGUUCACUUGUUGGAUUCAGCGAGAGAGGGAAAGGCUGCUAGGAUCAAUCGACUGCAUGGCCAUGCAACACCUGCUCUAGCUUUGUCCUUUAAUUAUGACGAGUCUUUACUCGCAUCUGCGGAUCAUGACGGAUUGAUUAUCUUGUGGCGUAAUCAUCAACGUAAUUUAUAAAAUACGCGGAAUCUUUAUCAAACUACAAAAAAUUGCUUGCAUUCAGAUUCUUUGAGCUUUAAGCAAUUAAAUACUAAAAUAUUAAAAUGUAAAAAAAAACUUGUAAAAAAUACGCAAUGUACAAAUGUAUAGAUUCAUAUAGGAGAUCUAGAGACCAAGAGAUUUAGUAUUAUUGUAUAUACAUUUGUACAUAUCACAAUAAAUUGUCGAUAAGUAAAAAGUAUUGCUUAAAGAAAAUUAGGAUAUUUAAAGAUGGAUCUGAUGAAAUAAAUUGUAUUUUCUGUAUAACAAUA